CGCUCGCCGCCCGGCUCCGGAAACGCGCGGUGUGCGGGCUGACGGCCCGGAAGGUGAUGGCUUUGGCCACCGCGGCAGCGCUCCUGGCCGCCCUGGGCGGGGCGCUCUGGCUGGCCACCCGGCGGUUCAUGGGGCGCGGGGCGCAGCGGCCGCACGGAGGCGGGGUCCCCGGCCUCAUGCGCGGGAAGACCGUGCUGAUCACCGGCGCCAACAGCGGCCUGGGCCGCGCCACGGCCGGCGAGCUGCUGCGCCUGGGCGCGCGGGUGAUCCUGGGCUGCCGCGACCGCGCACGCGCCGAGGAGGCGGCCGGCCAGCUGCGGGGCGCGCUCGGCGGGGCGGAGGCCGGGGUCGGGCCUGGGCAGCUGCUCGUCCGGGAGCUGGACCUCGCCUCGCUGCGCUCGGUGCGCGCCUUCUGCCGGGAGCUGCUGCAGGAGGAGCCAAGGCUAGAUGUCUUGAUCAAUAAUGCAGGGGUCUUCCAGUGUCCGUAUAUGAAGACUGAAGAUGGGUUUGAGAUGCAGUUCGGAGUGAACCAUCUGGGACACUUCCUUCUUACCAAUCUUCUGCUUGGACUCCUCAAAAGUUCAGCUCCCAGCAGGAUUGUGGUCGUUUCUUCCAAGCUUUAUAAGUAUGGAGAUAUCAACUUUGAAGACUUAAACAGUGAACAAAGCUAUAAUAAAAGUUUCUGUUACAGCCGGAGCAAACUAGCAAACAUUCUUUUUACCAGAGAACUAGCCCACCGCCUAGAAGGCACCAACGUUACAGUCAACGUGUUACAUCCAGGUAUUGUCCGGACUAAUCUCGGCAGGCACAUACACAUUCCACUGCUGGCCAAGCCACUUUUCAAUCUGGUGUCAUGGGCUUUCUUCAAAACUCCACUCGAAGGUGCCCAGACUUCCAUCUAUUUAGCCUCUUCACCUGAUGUAGAAGGUGUGUCAGGAAAGUACUUCGGAGACUGCAAGGAGGAAGAGUUAUUACCCAAAGCUAUGGAUGAGUCUGUAGCAAGAAAACUCUGGGAUAUUAGUGAAGUGAUGGUUGGCAUAUUAAAGUAGGAGCCAAGUAGUAAGAGCUGUUUAUAAAAAUGUGUCAGUUACAUCUGUGGUCAGGAAUGGUGUGACUUGAAGCUACUUGAAAAAUUUUUUUUCUGUAAUAGCACUGCUAGGAGCUAUAUGUGGAUAUGUUGAUGUUACUGUAAAGUUAUAUUUGGACAGUUUCAAUAAAGAUGUUUAAAACGUA